AUCUAAAUCAAGGUGUGGAAGGAGAGGAGGGGGAGGAGAAGAAGAGGACAAUCUGAUUUUGAAGGCAUCCAGUUGAUUGUAACAUCUUUCGCUUCUUCUUAAGCUCAGUUCAAGCACUGCUACAUUCCCACACCUUAGCAAUGGGCAGGCACCCGUGCUGCCAUGAGCAGAAGCUAAGGAAGGGCCUGUGGUCUCCGGAUGAAGACGCGAAGCUGACCGAGCACGUGAUAAAGUACGGCCAUGGCUGUUGGAGCUCUGUUCCUAAACUAGCAGGUCUGCAGAGGUGUGGCAAGAGCUGCAGGUUGAGGUGGAUAAACUACCUGAGGCCUGACCUCAAACGAGGCAUGUUCUCGGCCGAGGACGAGGAGCUCAUAGUCGAGCUACAUGCUGCACUCGGGAACAAGUGGUCACAGAUCGCAGCACGCUUGCCCGGUAGGACGGACAACGAGAUCAAGAACUACUGGAACUCUUUUCUCAGGAAGAAGCUGAGGCAGAGUGGCAUUGACCCAAACACACACAAACCUUUCGACAACUCCAACUCAGCUUCUUCACUAGUGUCGGAUAGGCAAUCAAGUGAGAGGGAAUUUGUGCCGACUAUGGCCAAAGCUUUCUUCCUGGACCAAGUACUCCCGGAGGCUUACUCCUUUCCAUCAACUCCACAUCCAAACAUGUCCACUUCGAUUGACGAUGUUAUGCGAGUUUGUCAUUCUAUCAGUAGCAGUAGCAUGAGCAGCAGCAACUCCUUCUCUUUUGACAGUGGCAUCCUCACUUGGCCAGAUAUGCUGCUCUACAAGGAUGAGAGUGAGGAGCUCAGGUGGCCAGAGAACCUCGAAGGGACCUUUUCCUUCUCUGGCUCAAUACAAGCUCCACUUUGUGACAUCAGGACAGAUCUCCUCUCUUCUGUGCUGAGUAAUUGCACUGAUUCAUAAAAAUUUCUGUAUUUGCAAGGUCUGGGUGAGAGAAUGAUUCACUGUUAGCCCUUUGUGCACUGAUUGGUUUCCUGUGCUGUACACACUUGGUGACAAAAAAUAUCAAAUAAAGAUUGUUCACUUUAUUUCUA